GGCGCCAGACGUUUCCCCGGCAACGCUACCAGGAAGUAGACGCUCACAGGACAGUGGAAGAGACGGUGUGUUUUUGCUUUGUUUUGCGAUCAUAACUCCGUCAAAGUUUUAGAUAUUUGUUGCAGAGACUUUCUUUUGAAACACCCACCACACGUUCAAAAUGUCUGCGUCCGUGAGAGCCAGUUCAGCUCCGAGUUCAACGAGGCCCGAGGGAGAGCACGACGGCGCAGGCGACGGUAACUGAGCAACCAUACGGGGGGGGGGGGAGCUUCCAAAACUGACAGCAAACAAACAGACUAUACACUAACAAAACAGUAGAUUAUGUUCGGGAAAUGUUUAUACUUCAGCGGUAUGCUUCACUUUAUCCACCAAAAAAGAGAAAAAAACAACAGAGGAAUGUAAGGAUAUUAGUCCUAAUGUCAACAUACGAUUUCUUUUGAUUCAACGAAUUUGGGGUUAGUCCUAUAGGGGAGACUGUGGUAUAUUGAGCCAGCCCCUGUUGCUUGGAAAUGGUAAAAGAAAUUGAUCAUGUGACCAAAUAUUAAGGAGAUGGGCAUCAAUACAUGGAGUCUGUGAAGGUUAGAAGCACAUGGGUGAAGGGGUUAGACAUUUAUUUAAAAAAAAAAAAAAACAUUUUUCACUCUUGAAAGUGAAUUUAGUCUGUCAUAAGUUUUAUUAGAACUGUGUUCAGACCAAAAAAGAUCAUUUUAAAUUUGUUUUAUACAUCAAUUGUGGUAUCUAUGAGGAGGUCAAAAACCUAGAAUAAAAGUCCACCGUUUUAGUUAAGAGGAAUAAUAAAGUCAUGAUAGUAGUUCAGGGGUAAGUAGAAGAAAGUAGUCUGAUGAGAGGAUCAGAGUUUCAGUUCAGAUUGUUGAAAUGUGUUACUUUUUCUUUUCAAAUAUACAGCUGUGAAUGUUCUGAAUCACUUAAAGACAUUCUCAUGUUAAAAUGGCUUUUUACAAAACAGCUUUUUAGCAGUUAUAUGCAAUAAUAAUAAUAAAAAAAAUUAUUGUACCAACUUACCCAGACAUGGGGUAAGUUGACCAUUGGAGACCACUUUUUUGGCAUGCUAUAUCAUCAAGACAGUUAUGUUAACAUUCAUCCUGUUGGUUUGCAGGGAUGCACAACAUUUUGAAAUAUAUGCAGAUACACAAGUUAGAGACAAAACUAUGAUUGACUUGAUGUAGUGAUCCGAAAUAUGGAAUAUAACUCAUCUUACUCCACUCUCCCCUAUUUGAGGAAAAAUGAACAACUCACACUUUGUUUUGAGUAUCCUGACUAUAUCACUGUCUUUAUACUCCUGAUGUGUUUAACAUUUCAAUACCAGUUUGAAUUAACAGGCCAUGAGAAACAGGUGUCAAAUCUUUGUUUGUGUUACAUGUUUCAAAAAAAAACAUGGGCACCUUAUUUUAUAUGGAAACACAAAUAUGCAUGCUUUCUUCCCAUACAUCCUGUCCUCUCAUAACAAGAUAGCAGUCUGAGUAAUACACAGGUGAAUUUGGUUAUAUGAGUCUGACUUUGUAUCCCUCAGGGGCUAAACUGAACAGUCAAGUCCUGGUAGAGGGCCAAAAGACACCGCUUCCUCCUAUCAACAACAAGAUCAGCUCAGAUGAACUGCUGGUCAGCCUUUCUUCCACUGUCUGUAAUGAGAUUACACUCGGGCACACUGCACACAAUCGAAACUGUAAGGUAAAGUCAAGCCCUUUAAAAAAUUUGAGGGUUGGUGAGUGGAGGGUGUGUGUGUGUGUCAAUUAUCAAUUGACACCAGUAUUGCUAUUUCACUUUGAACACAGGGAUGUGGAAUCAGGCGGCCAGAUGCAGUCUGGCAUCACCCCCUCGGGCGCAAGAAAUACAAAUACUUUCUUGAACAACCCACAUCUGUGACUGCAGCUGGCAGGUCAGCAAGACUUACAAGAUAAUAUAGCAACAUAUAUGUUGAAAAUAGGAUGCUUUUUAAAACCAUAAUUCAUUAUAAAUGCACAUUAUACUUUUUGUAAGUUUCACUUUGCUCUCAAGCACUUAUACAGGAAUAGGUACACCUGCAUACCUAACCAUCAUUAGUUUGUGUAAUAGCUGCAAGACACCCCGCCAAGUGAAGCUCAUUUGAGGUUCUUUCUGAAGUUAUAACAAAACACCAAUAAACUAAUCUCUUAAACUGAGCUUUUAGGACUCCACAGAUGAGCUGAAAGGGAAAAAAGUGUUUGGUUGUUUUAAAUUUCUGUCAUGAUAUACACAGGGACAUUUCUUUCCUAUGUGAUGCUGUGGUAACUCAGAGAAAGUCAUCACCCCUCCCUCCAGUAACAGGCAAAAGUGGCAUUGGAGACACUCAGGUAAGCCCCCAGUUUGUCCAGCCUUUUAUACUUAUCAAGAUUUAUCCUUGCUAUGGAGAACCACAGACUGUAUGCAGAAUAUAUGUAUUUUAUUAAUAUUAUCUAACCAGAUAGGACAAAAAAGAUAAGAAAAGGAGUUGUUUUGAAAUGCUAUGAUCAGCAGCUGUAGAUCUGGCAUUUACUUCACCUUUCAUUUGUAUGUUCUGAACUGAGACAGUGUAAAGUUAUACUUAUCCUCUCUGUCUUUCUCAGAACUUGAGCAUCUUGGAAAGUCUGAUCCCAGAAGAGUAUCGCAUUGUGAAAAACAAAGGGCUGCAGAGCCUCCAGUUCUAUGAAGAGUUAGUGUGCUUUAAUCUUAUAAUGUAACUUUUUAUGGUAGCCAUAUUGAUAAUCUGUUUGUUUGUUUUUUGUCCUUUUCUGUCAAUGAACAUGUUGCUUCUCGUUCUUAGUGCAUUCACAGUACAGCUUCAGGAUAAUGAGCAGAGACUUCGAGUCUUCCCUUCACUGUGAGUAUCUUAAACAAAGAUAAUACUCUGAGGUAAACUAAAAGUAAAGAAUCUUCAUUUUAAUUCAUGGAAAAAUGUCACUUUGUCUUUUAAAAAAAGUGCUGACAAAUGCUGUGAAGGAAAGCCUUUAUACUCUCUGUGUGCAGCAAACCCAGUGGCAGACUGGAGGUGGUUCAACUGAUGAGGAUGAUGGACGACAUGCUGGAGAAGGCUGGAGUGGAUCAGCAAAGCAAGGAGCUGACUGAGCUUUCCCAGGUAAGAGAGACUGAGCAGCUGAAAGUCCACAGGCUGCUGACGCAUGUGCUGUGUUGCAUCGAUCAACACAAAAUAAUAUGUACCUGGAAAACUCGAUGUGUAGGACUACCUGUGUCUAAUCAAAAACUCUAUAUCCAAAGUGUAGUCUGUGGUAUUUUGGCUACAUUGUUGUGCAAAUUGCUUUGAGAGGCUUUGAGACUUGCAGCCUCAUUCAUUUAUCAAGAUGGUACAUUGAAAUGUCUUUCAGAUGGAGCAGCUGUUGAAGGUGGUGCAGGAUGAGCAGAACAUCUACAAUAUUGUUUUUCACGAACUGAUCAGACAAGUCAGUGUGAGCUGCUCAGAGAGAGGACAACUGCUUUCUAAACUAAGGUUUGCAGCUAAUACAUUAGCUAUUAGAUGUAUUUUUUUGUUACUCCAAUUUUAUUCAAUGAGAUUUCUGGUAUUUGUAUGUCCAGACAGCGCUACCAGUCCCUGAUGGAGCGAAUCCCACAGUGUCUGAAGGCUCUGCACACCGAGGUGGUGGCACAGAGAGCUCUUGAUCGCCGGCUUACUGAAGAGAUACAACACAUCAAGAUAUCAAUGCAGGAACUCAGUGUGUAUGUAUCUCAGGUGUAAGGCUGGUGGGUUGUGACAAGUGAAAUGAGCAUGUUUUUCUGCUCUUCAACGUUUAAAAAGGGAGGCGAGAAAUGAACAUUUUUGUGUGUGGAAGCUGUGUGUGUUAUCUCAUGAUGUGCAAAUCUUUGUGAUUGUGGCCGUUGUUCUCAUCACAGGGAGCUGUCCAAAAUCAGAGAGCAUGAUGUGCUUGUGUCCCAGCAAGCAGAGUUUGCUUACAGGCAGCUGGCUGGAGCCCUGGAUCAGACCAACACCAGCACAGAGUCAGUCCAAACUUUACAACUUUUAGAGUAUUUCAAGUCACAUUUUCAAUGGCAUAGAUUUGUAUGGCAUAGAUUUAAGGCUCUGCUAUGAAUAUGAUAAGGUCUAUGUGCUCUUCAUAGCAUGGUCCAGGGCUACUCUGAGCUUUACGAGCUGCAGAGAGGUCGCCUUGAAGCGCAGCUGCUUCGGAUGACUGAGGAGAGAGACUGCUGGAGCCAGUUCACCGUCUGCCUCGCCCUAAAGGUGUGUGAGCCAUGAAGCACUUGUUUUGUUUGUGGCAGAUUCACCUUGUUUGAUGACUUUCGUUUGCCUGCUUUGUUAGAGCUCCAGCUUACAAAUUCAAAUAUUGAGGCAGAUAGUUUGACAAAGAUUUUGCUAUUACCUGCUCCGGCAAGAUUUCACCGGUCAUGUUAUUGCUUUGGAUAAUGUUCAAACUUUAAAUGUAGGCUGUAUUUGAUUGAUUUGAACUGUAGGAUGAUUAGCUUCAGCAAGUUCAGCACAAUUCUCCUUGAUUAUCAGGUGAUCAGUGUAAAGAAGCUACAGUUGGUCAGUCAAAUGCACCUCAGCGAGCAGAGAUGCACCAAGACAGCAAAGCACUGCAGCAUCUUUCUGACUUCAGAGGUAACAAUAAAAUCCCCAUUUCUCACCAUUUCAAGUUCUGCUCUUAGAAAAAAAAAACCCACUAAAAUCUACCAAAUACUAUGCGGAAAUAUCUGUUUUGGUUCAAUUACUCUCUGGUGAUGACUCUGACCAUCCUGCUGUAGGACACAAAGGACCUGAAUAUCAUUGUGGAGCUUUGUGACUAUUGGAAAGAGCAGCUGACUGCGUUUGUGUCUCAGCUGAAGACGACUGAGCAUGCUCAGCGUGAACAGAUGACUUCCAUUCAGCAAGGCAUCAACAAGUGGCUCACUUUCUGCGAUUCACAGACUCAGUAUGAACAAGAAAAAUUGUCAAAGAUGUUUUUUUAUUGAAGUAUGUGGUGAUAUAAAGCGCCAUCAAAUAAGAAUACUUUCAAUUAAAAGUGAAAUGUAUUAGUAAAAUUAACAUCAUAUUAGUCCUACUACAACAAAUUAUUAAUGCAUGUUUAAGUAAAUGCAAGUAAGCAUAGUAUUUGACACCAGUCUGAUCAGUCAUCCUCUACUUUACAACCGCUAAAGACUACCCUUAAGACUCUUUACUCUAUAGUCCAUUCAAGUUGUAUCCAUUACAGUUGAUGGCUAUUGCUAUUACCAUAUACUUAGUAAUUCUCCUGUAAACUUAAAUAUCCAGUAUUCCUUUUAUAUUAUUUUCAAUGUCAACAUGAUAAAGAUACUCUCUCCAUCUUUUUCUUCUUAGGAGUCCAAACACAAAAUAUGACGACUCUUCCUUGGAGAAGAUUCAUGCUGAUUUAAAGGAGUGGUCAAAUGUAGGUCAAGGCGGUGUGUCUUAUUCUUCAGAGUGAUCAUUUGCGAUUUCAUUUCUAUUUUGUCUCCAUUAUUAAUAAUAACUAUCAUCAUUUGCUCCAUCCUCUCUGCUAUCAUCUUCUCUGUGUUUCUGAUUGAUUUAAAUCACCUCCCAUCUUCAGCUCUCGUAGUUUUCACCACUUGUCAGAACUGAUAUUUGAUCUAUCUGCUGACUGUCUGCUGUAUCUCACCUCUGUCACUGCUUCCACCCCAUCUCUGUCCACCGCUGACACUUAUCAUUUGUCUUUGUUGUCUGUUUGAAAAGUAAUCUGCACAGCUCUUCAUAGAGGGGUGAAGACCCGUCUACAGACCAGUAUAAUCUGUUAUUCUUUCUCAGCAUGUUUGUUCACUUUUGUAUUUUAUAAGUUAAAGCUGUUUUAUUUAUCCUUUACGUAACUUGUAUCACAAAGACACAAUAAAAGUCAAACAGUAAGGCUUGUAGAGGGUUUCUUUUAGCAUAAAGUUAAUUAUAUUUGUUGUACUUUUUCUUGCAGAUGUUGACCCUCUUGAGUGAAUGCUACCAAGGUGAGACGCUACUUUCUGGACAGCAGACGCUGACUGAGCUCACUCGAGCCCAAGAACGAUUGCUAAACAUGAGCCUUGAGCUGUUCAGAAGACACCCUGCUCCUGACGGUGAGGCUUCUGAAGGGCAGAAGGACCUGAGAGAGCUUGACAAGGACUUAUCUGAGUUCCUCAAACAGCUGGACGCACACAUCACUGGAGAGACCGGUGAGGGACAAUAAGACCUGAACUGAUUCAAAGUUUUGUGUUUUUUUUCUAUUGUUUUCAUAGAUCUAGUGGGAGUUAAAACUGAUUCCAGGCAUGUUGUUUCAGGGAUCUACGCACAGAUCAGGUCACUUUUUGGGUCAAUGGAGUCAGAGGAUUCAAAGCUCAGUGCAGUGAUUGGCCGGCCAGAAAUGAUAUCCACUUCUGAUUGGUUGAGGCUUGGGAAGGCUCUGCACAACUGGCAGACUCUGGCUGAAGACAUCUCGAAGAAUUUCAGCACACAAGCAGAGGUUGAAAAUGACAAAAGUAAACCUAACAUAUAGUAAGUUUUUAAUUUACUGGUAUUAUUUAAGCUUAAAGUAAGUCAAAAUUGUAUUUGUCUUUCAGGUUUUAACUCUGUGUGCUUAUCUGUGUUGAAGAAAUUAGACAGAACAUUAGAAAGUUGGUAUAAUAUCUUUCUAUGUCUCUCUCUCUCUCUCUCUCUCUCUCUCUCUCUCUCUCUCUCCUUCCUAGGAAAGUGAAAUUGAGUUUACAUGUGAUAUAACAGUAAAAACUAAGUUUUCUGUGUUUCUUAUUUAUGUGUUUUUGUUUAAACAGCCAAGAGACAAAAAGUUUGUCAGAAAAAACACAGAAGUUUAUUACCGACCUGUCCAGUUUUGUUGUUAGUGAGAACCAGAGACUUAGCGAAGAGGUGAGUACCCACCAGGUUCAAAAAGAAAAUAUUAGUUCAGUAGUUUUUUUUCAACAGACGUAUCAGGACUAGGACUGUGGUAGUUCAAUACUGCAGAGACAUGUCAGAAAAUUGGAGCUGAUAUUUUGCCUUUUUAAUGUCAUAUGCUGUCUUAAGUUUAAUGUUUCUUUCCCUCUCAGGUCACCUCCAUUCACAUGGCCCAGACCCGCUGGAUGUUAAACCUUUUGCUUGUCAUGGUACCAGACCACAGUGAGGACCAGAACCAAGUACAGGAUCAGCACAACAGGAUGAACGUCUCACUGCAGACACUAGAUGAUGAUGCCAAGGUGCUAGCUGAGAGACUGGGUCAUUUUUCCAAAUAUAUCACAAGGUACCCCAGUUUUUUUAUUUCUUUUUUUAAACUUAUUGAUAAAAUUAACGGGGGAAGAGAUAAGCAGAGAGAGAUCUGCAUAUGUACUCAGGAAAUGUUUGCUUUUGACUUCAGCUCUUGCAAGCUGAUUCUGGAGAAGCAGAUUCAGCAGAACCCACGUGACAUGGAGAUUGAAAAUGAGAUAACUGAAUGCGGAAAGCUAGAGGUAGUUAAAAAAAAAUCAGUGCUGCAUACUUUUAUAUUUCGUUGCGUGACACAGUGUUAUUUUUAAUCUAUCAUAGAGAUACCAAACACUUCAAAAUAAAUGCUGUUUUGAUCUUCCACAGAGGGAGUGCGCUGAUUGGGUGGAAACUUCAAGAAUCCUACUUUUAGGAGUGAAGGACGGUCCUGUAGAGCUGCCUGUCAAACCAGCCGAUCGUGCCUCCACCAGUGAUGUUCUUGUCCCCACGGUAGAUGAUUUAAAGAUCGUGGUAAGGAGUCAAAAAUAUGAUCAAUAAAAAUAGCCCAGUUUGUUUUGAGCUCUUGACCAUUUAAUAAAUUAUUAAGUCAGUUACCCGUUAAGAUUCGAGUAACAACAACCUUAGUUUAGGACACUGAAUGUCUCCAGAUACUGAGAGGAAUAAAAUUGGAUUUUACAAGGUCUAAAAUCAAUGUUGCCAUGGAAAUUGAGAUAAUAGUGAUUGUGUGUCUAUGCUUGUGUCUACAGGUUAACAGAGAGGUUUCAGCAGAGCCUACAACAAAACAGGAGCCUUUAGAAGAACAGAGAGGGGUCCCCACAAGUACAGUGAGUGUAAAAUCAACAUGCCCACACAGGUCAGGAAGUCCUAAUCCUUCCUAGUUUUAAAAAAAUGAACACUAUUGUUUUUGUCCUGCAGGGGGAGCCCUCGGUUUGUGAAAGCCCAGUAGUGAAGCUGAUUGACUUUGAUGGACACAUAACAAGCAGAAAGCUGGGACAGAGAAUUGUCCGCCUGAACGGGGUCAGUCAGCUAAAUCACUGAACUUAACUGUGUUUUUCCUCCUUUCCUGUCUCUCUGAUUGACCAUCUGUCUAUGUGUUUGUCUGUCUCUCGGUUAGACUGAAGAGCUGGUUUUGUCUCCAGCAACAGAUAAUUCCCAAAACGUUUUUAGUGAUCUGACCACUGUGGGAUUGAUGCAGCAGAAACUACAGUAAGUUCAUAUUCUUCUUAGUGUAUAUAUGCCCAUGUGUUUUGAAAAUGAUGAUUUUUUUGAACAAUGAUGCAAAGUUAUCAAUGAUUUGCAAUAUUUUCAUAUUUUCUUCCUAUUUUUUUUUUUUUUCAAAUUCACAGGCCAUGUUUUGUUGCUUUGCUCAAGCCAUGUAAGCCAUAUUUCUCUACUUGUUUUGGUCAGUGAUUCAGAGCUACGGGUCCAGAGUGCUGAGCAGCGGGCCCUGGAGGCCGAGGAAGCCUUGCAGGUAGCGUUGCAGGAGAAUCAGGACAUGAAGAGACAACUGCAGGGUUGGCCCAGUCUGGAGCCUGAUCUCAGAGAAGGUACCAAUCAAACAAAAAAAUGCAAUCAACUUAAAACUGUGUCAGAGACAGUAUGUGAUUCAUGUCUUUGUUUGUUUGCAUUACAGAGAAGAAGAAAACUCCUCCACCCUCUACAGCGACACCCCCAGCUCCUCUAAAGAAAAGCACAGCUGAAACCAAAUCAUCCAGCAGCAGCAAGAAGACCAAAAAGCGAUGAUACGACAAGUGAUCAGGACGAGUUACAACUUAAUAUGCAUGUGUAGACCGGCCACAUAAAGCUGGGUGAAUAGUUUGUAAAUAGUUUUUGAGAGUGGAAUGUGUGUUUUAUUUAUUUAUUUUCUCCGUCAUAAGUUAUAAGAGGAUGCCUGUCUGAACUCUGUUGCAGUCAAAUCAAUAAAAACAGUCGAGGAAAGAAAGGAUAUCAUGUGUUCUGCACUUUACUCAGGUAUGUUUCUUAUCUAAAACUUAGUAU